AUGUGCUCUGGUAUCCGUAAAUUGGACCAGGAUACCACAGAUCUGUUGACGUCAAGUCGUUCCAUCGAAUGCAUCACCACAGCUGUCGCGCUGAUUUUACAGAAUAGUGUUGAUUCUGGAGCGGCAGAGGUCGAAAUUGUGUUAGAUCUCGCAAACAGGGCCUUCACAGUGAUAGACGAUGGUUGCGGAAUGAAUAGGAAAGAUCUAGUUAACUUUGGACAGCUGCAUUAUUCUUCAAAGAUCUCCAAUGUAACGAAUCUAAGUAACAACUUGUCAACCUUCGGAUAUCGAGGACGCAGUGUAUUUGACAUCUCAAAUGUGGCGAAAGUAACUACUCUUUCAAGAACAAAAAACGAGAGUAAUACGUGGUUGAGGAAACCUGAGGGGAAUAUCGAGAAAAUCGAUCCAGCAUUACCAUGGGGUACGUCAGUGAUUGUGACGGAUUUUUUCCACAAUCUGCCUGUUCGUCGCGAGGCUCUGGAAAAGGCAUCGUCUAAUCGUCUAUGUGACAAGUUGCGUUUCCUAGUUUUCGACGUAUUGGUGUCACACCCGGAAACUAAGAUAACUGUGCGUUCUGAUAGCCUGUUAAAACACGGCUUUGCUUUAUUUGAAUCAAGAGAUGUGCAUACAUCGCUCUCAAAGAGUCAAAAACUUUCACUUUGUUUGUUUAAUGUCUUGGGAAUAUCGACCGAAGACUUCUCUCCGAAGCCUGUCCACGCGCGAUUCCAGAAUUACGUCGUAGAAGGGUUGGUUUCCACAAAAUUAACUACCACAAAAGACAUUCAGCUUGUUUACAUCAACGGUGAAAGGUGCCAAAAUGAGAUUAUCUUGAAGCCGAUAGCCAAGCUUUUCUCUGAUAUAAGGUCCCAAUCAAGAACAAAGGCAGACCUCGGGGGCACACGUCGAGGAUACUACCUUUUUGUCUUGAAAGCUUCAACGCCAGUAUCAGGAUACCACGGCUCUGGCGAACUAUCUGUAAGGGACUGGAAUCAGAUAAAAAUCGUCCAUUCUUUGAUCAUCAAAGUUGUUGAAGCCGUUUUUAAGACUCGAACGGAUUUGCCACACUCUUUACCGUCAUCGUGCUAUAACAAAAGAUCUCACAAAGAAACUAGCUUGGACGAAUCAAGGCUUGUGCAUUAUGUAUUUGAGUCGACGGACCCACGCGGGCUAACAACUGUUGGAUGUUCACAACAAGCUAUCAAAAAACUACGAACCACUGUAAACGAUUGCCAAAUACGGCACAAUACUACGGCUUGUGAUGUACAAAAUAUGUGGGGACUGACACCGCAUGCACGUAUUCCUUUUGAAAACCAGUCCAAUCCCCCCGCAGGUUCACCUGUACCUGAUUUUGCAGGCCUUAGUACACAUCGUGAAAUCGCUCUGACCAAAUCGUCACUUCGGUCUUACGUUCCUGUCAGCCAAAUUGACCUAAAAUUUAUUCUGUUGAGAUCCUCUAAACCGGCACUCAAUAGCCAACCUUCUUUGAUCAUGGUGGACCAACACGCGUGCGAUGAACGAAUUCGGCUCGAAACUAUGCUAAAUGAAUUCAUAGGUGAACUUUUGAUUUCACCUUCGGCUCCAUCAGUUAAUGUGCAGAUCGAGAUCGCAAGCACUUUUCGCGAAUUUCAAAGCUUUGAUGAUUAUCAGCAUGAGUUUGCGAGGUGGGGCAUACGGUAUGAGGCUCAGAACUUUACAGAAAGACAAGUCUUAAUCAAAAUAAUCACAAUACCGGAACUUCUUCAGCGAAGCUCAAAACACCUAUUGAAAGAUAUACUUAUACAGCAUGCGAGUGACUUGCGGAAUUUUAGAAAGACGCGCAUUGGACACAUAGACGCAAAAAACAUCAACUUGAGUGUCGAGGAGCCUUUUGCUUGGUGGAAACACGCUAAGUCGAUACCCACAAUUUUAAUGGACCAUAUUCGAAGCAAGGCGUGCAGAUCAUCCAUAAUGUUUGGACAACCCUUAUCAGCUCCAGAAUGUGUUCUGCUAAUCAAAAUGCUUAGUGAUUGCAGGGAUCCCUUUUAUUGUGCUCACGGUAGGCCGUCACUGGUACCUCUCACAACUUCUGAUGUCGACGGAUACAGUCAGAUGGCAGGCGCAUUCAAUAACAAAGAUUACCAGAUUGACAACUAG